AUGGAAGCCCGGAGCCGGGCUCCCAGGAGGCGGCUGUGCCCACCCGGGAUCGUGUUGUUGACCUUGGCCUCUCUGCUCAGCUGUCUGCUCACCUCCGGCCAGGCCAAGGUCUACAGUCGCUGCGAGCUGGCCAGACUGCUCCAGGAUGUAGGCUUGGAUGGAUUCCGAGGAUACAGCCUGGCUAACUGGGUCUGUCUGGCUUACUUCGCAAGUGGCUUCAACACAGCUGCUGUGGACCACGAAGCAGAUGGAAGCACCAACAGUGGCAUCUUCCAGAUCAACAGCCGGAAGUGGUGCAGAAAUCUCAACCCCAGUGUCCCCAACUUGUGCCAGAUGUACUGCUCUGACUUGUUGAAUCCUAACCUCAAGGAUACUAUUAUCUGUGCCAUGAAGAUAGCUCAAGAUCCCAAGGGGCUGGGGACCUGGGAGGCCUGGAGGCACCACUGCCAGGGCAAGGACCUCACUGACUGGGUCGAUGGCUGUGACUUAUAG